AUGAGUGAGACGUCCGGAAGAAGCAACUCGAAGUUGUCCGACUCCUCGUCGGUCAGCGAGCAGCAGACCGCGGAUCUCAGCAUCUUCAGCGGAUCCUUCGAUGGAGGAGUCUUCUCAUCCAACAUCCCAAUGUUCAACUUCGCGGGACAAGGGAGUCAAAGCGCUCUGUACUCGCCACAUCCGUUUGUUAAAUCCAAUGAUCCGUGUCGCCUGACCGCACUCACCCAAUCAACGCCAAAGGAGCCGAUGAACUUGACUCCAGCUGACUUCGGUCUCGCCGACUUCUCUGUCGGAAGCGAAUCGUUUGCCGAUUUCAGCGCCAACAAUUCGUCGUUCGUCGGAAACUUCCAGAGCAACGUCCGCUCGACUCGUCUCUUGCCAGCGUGGGCUGUCGAUGCCAGUGGCAACAUUCGCGACGAUCUCACUCUUCUCUCCAUUCAAAAAUUCGACGAAUCAAAUGCAAUGAAGCUCGUUGAAAAAAUCAGCAACUUGGACUUCCUUCCUCUCUGCACCGAUCAAUGUGCCAUUCACGUUCUUCAGAAAGUUGUCAAGAUUCUUCCAGUGAGCGCUUGGAGCUUCUUCGUCAAGUUCUUAUGCCGCGAUGACAAUCUGAUGACAGUGUGUCAGGACAAGUACGGAUGUCGUCUUGUCCAGCAAACGAUUGACAAGUUGUCAGAUAAUCCAAAGAGCCCAUGCUUCAACACGAGACUCCAACUCCUCCAUGGCCUUAUGACUUCUGUCGCUCGCAAUUGUUUCCGUCUCUCUUCCAACGAGUUCGCCAACUACGUGGUUCAAUACGUCAUCAAGUCUUCUGGAGUCAUGGAGAUGUAUCGGGACACGAUCAUCGAGAAGUGUCUCCUUCGAAACAUUCUGUCGAUGUCACAAGACAAAUACGCAUCGCACGUCAUCGAAGGAGCCUUCCUUUUCGCGCCACCACACUUGCUCUCGGAAAUGAUGGAGGAGAUUUUCGACGGAUAUGUCAAAGAUCAAGAGACAAAUCGGGAUGCGUUGGAUAUCCUCCUGUUCCAUCAGUACGGAAACUACGUCAUCCAACAGAUGAUCUCGAUUUGCAUUUCGGCGCUUCUCGGAAAAGAAGAGCGCAAAAUGCUACCAACCGAGAUGCGACUCUACGCAAAAUGGUUCGACCGUAUCAAGAAUCGAGUCAACCGUCACUCUAGCCGCCUGGAGCGCUUCUCCUCUGGAAAGAAGAUCAUCGAGUCACUUCAGAAGCUCUCAGUGCCGAUGACAAUGACCAACGAGCCGAUGCCACUUUGGGCAGUGCCAACACCACUCAUGGACAUCACUGCGCAGUUCUUGAACCGCCAGAACUUCCAGAAGCAACACUCGGUCUUCGACGACUAG